GUUGCGGCCGCCGCCCGACGCGAUCGCGCUAAACCCUAGCCUCCGCCGCCGCCGCCCGCCGCCGCGCCCGCCCCGCAUUCCCCGCCCGUCCUCGCGCCCGCCCGCAGAGGUUGCAGAGCGGUGGAAUGGGGAACAGCCGGCCCGGAGGGGCGCCUCCGACAACCAGUGGGAACGUGGCGAGGAGCAACGCGGAGGCCGUGACGGAAGCUCCCCGCUUGCGGCCGCACGGAGGGCCAGGUGCGCCGGGUCCGGGGAGCCCAGGUCGGAGCACACCCCUUCCUGGUGGUCGGGAGAGGGGUUCCACGGGGGCAAAUGUGAUGACACCGUCUUGUGACAGGCAGCAGAACAGAGCGGUGGAGGAAGCGCCGCUCGGAGCGUCGAGCGCGGUUAAGAAGAGCAGUGUGCCCAAUUCUCUGUCAAGGGGUUCAGACAUAAACUCUGGCUCUAGGAUGGAUGCAGAGGAGCAAGUGAUGGGUGGGCAAGCGAGCAACGGGGACGCUGGCUCUUCCUCGAAGAAGCGGAAAAAAAGAAUGGAUGCAAGAAGCUACAUCAAGAGAUUCAAGACUGGCGUAAGAGUGGGUGCCUCAGAUAUAGUUGUUGCUUCCCCUGACAGGAUGGGCAAGGAGAAUACUGCAAGUGGGCAUGUGGCAGACAGCAACACUGCUAUCCUGUGUGAAGGUAGCAGGUUGAUUGAAAAAAGCAAGGGACAUUCAAGCCAUGCUGCCUUCAAAGUUUCUAACAGUCCUAUUUCUGGUUUACAUGAAACUUCAGACACAAGAGUUGACCAAUGUUCUACACCAUUGUCAGAGGUACAGCCACAUAAACCUACCGACGUGCAAAAUAUAGCGGUUGAAAGCAGUCUUCCAGCAAAGGCUAGAGAUCCACGCAUUGGCCUUGCAAGGCAAAGCUUUCCAUCACCAUCAUCAUUGCAGAGUGUACCAAUACCUAUUCCUCAUGAAGAGAUUAAGAGCACAGUUGGAGAUGGUGAACCUAUUACUGUUCAAAAAGAAAAUUCAGCUUCAGGACAUCUCAAGGUGACCCAAUCUGAUGGAACAGAUGGUAACUCCAACAUAUGUGCUGCUUGUGGUCGUGGAACCCCAGGAACUUUUAGGUCUUGUGGUGGAAAAGGUUGCAAAAGUAGGUACCAUAUGUCUUGUCUGGAUCAAUAUUUGUCCCUUGGGAAUUGGUUCUGUACCAGCUGUACAAAAAAGAGGUUGCAGUUUGGCUUACAUUAUAUUGUUGAUGGGAUAGAGUCUGUGUGGGAUGUCAAGGAGGCUGAGGGAAUGCAAACUAGCAAGCAGUAUUUUGUCAAGUAUAAAAAUCUGGCACAUGUCCAUAACCGUUGGAUUCCAGAAGGUGAUAUUAAGGUCAUGCCUGGAGGUCCUGAUCUUCUUUCCUUGUUUAACAAGAGGAAUCAUACUGAAAAGACAAUUUGGAAGGAGGAAUGGACUAAGCCACAUCGCCUGUUGAGGAAGAGGCUACUUGUGCCCCCCAAAUUGGCUGAUGAUUUCUUCUGCGCUGAUGAUUUCUUUUGCUCAACUGGUGUCAAUUAUACAUAUUGUACUCUUGAAUGGUUAGUGAAAUGGAGGGGUCUUGGCUAUGAUCAUGCAACAUGGGAACUAGAGACUUCAUCCUGUUUAUGUACGCCGGAAGCUGACGAACUUAAAAAGAACUACGAGAACCGCCGUGAAGCUGCAAAACAAUCAUCUGUUCCCCAAAAAACAAAGAUUAAGCAAAGCUCAUUCCAGAAACUUGAGAGAUUGCCAGAUGGGUGCCAUCCUGAUUUUGACAAUGAUCACUUGUGUUCAAUCAAUCACCUUCGAGAGUACUGGCACAAAUCUCAUGGUGCUGUUCUUGUCGAUGAGAAGGAGUAUGUAAUGAAGACCGUGUUAUUCACAAUGUCUGUAUUACCUGACAUCAGCCAACCUUUUCUAAUUGUCACAACCCCUGGUUCUCUGUCCUUAUGGGAGGUUCAGUUCAAUAAGUUGGCACCAUUUAUCAAUGUUGUUGUGUAUGACGGGGGGAAAGAUGAGCUGAAAUUAAUUCGAGAUUUGGAAUUCUAUGAGAGUGGAAGCCGCAGUAUGUUACAGGUUCUCUUAUCCCAUCCUGAUGCUAUCCUAGAGGAUAUUGAACCUAUAGCACACAUUGGUUGGGAAGCAGUCAUAGUUGAUUGUUAUGAAAAGUCAGCUCUACAAUAUCUCGAACAACUGAAGGAAAUUCCCACUGACUUCAGAAUGUUGCUUGUGAGCUCCCAAAUUAAGGAUAAUCUUCCCGAGCACGUGAAACUUCUAGCAUUCCUUAAUUCUGGAGAGCAAGAAAAUGGCGAUCGCGUUGAUACUGCUGAGACCCUUAUGAUGCUGGAAGGAAACUUCAAAAGUCAUAUUGCAUAUGAGCGUCAAGCAGAUUCUUUAAAAAUAUUGGAGCACUGGGUUCCUGCUUACAUUUCACAACUGCAGCUGCAGAUAUAUUGUUCCAUACUGCUUUCAAACUCAUCUGUCCUCCAGUCGCAGAUGAAAAGUGAUAAAGCUCUUUAUGACAUUAUUAUGUCUCUCUCAAAGUGCUGUGAUGACCCUUACCUUGUUGAUGAAUCCCUGCGACCUCCUGUCAACAAUCAUGAUCACACUGAUCCUAUAGUUACGAGAGUGCAAGCAUGUGGCAAGCUACUGCUUCUUCAAAAAAUGCUUGAAGCAAUAAGGAACAAGAGGCUAAGAGUUAUUAUUCUUUUUCAAUCUGGUGUAGCAGGUGGAAGCUCAGUGGGUGAUACAUUGGAAACUGUUGUGCGUCACAAAUUUGGCCCGGAGUCAUAUGAACGUGUUGAAUUUCGUGGAUCAUUCUCAAAGAAAGCAGUGGCACUUAAUAAGUUCAAUGACAAGACUAAGGGGAGAUUUGUUUUUCUGAUUGAAACAAGUGCAUGCCUCCCAAGUAUUGAGCUGUCGUCUGUCGAUGCCAUUAUUAUAUAUAAUAGUGACUGGAACCCACUAAAUGAUCAAAAUGCUCUUGAAAAAAUCAAAAUAGAGGCACAACUUAGGCAUCCAAGUAUUUUUCGCUUAUACACUCCUUUCACAAUGGAGGAGAAGUGGCUUGUGCUUGCAAAACAGGGGAUGCUAAUUGAUAAGGAUAUAACACACAGCAUAAGCCAUUCCUUGAUUAGUUGGGGUGCAUCAUGUCUCUUCUCUAGACUUGAUGAGCUUAAGCAUGACAACUGUGCAAGUAAAAGCUCUGAAAGAGACAACUUUAUGAAUAAAGUAAUUUCAGAGUUCUUGGGAAAAUUAGCCACAAAUAUUGUAGGCAGCACCAAAAUUGCCUGCACAUCCAUAUCGGAAGCCAAUAUGAGCGGGAAAUUUUACUCAAGAAACAUUACUCUAAUUGGUGAAAAAGAGGAAAUGCGUGCAUUGGAUGGAGAUCCAUCUAAUUUCUGGUCAAAUUUACUGGAUGGAAAAUCCCCUGGUUGGAGCUAUAUAUCUGAGCCACCACAAUCAAGCCAUAUGAUCGUACAGAACUUGGAAGAACGAGCCAAGGAUCCUGCUGAAGAAGCCAAUCAAAGCAGAAGGAAGCGUAGAAAGGUUGGCGAAAUCACAGGUCCAUCUUCAAAAAGUUCACCUGACAACAAUCAUGAUGAUAUGUUGCCUGAAAACUGUUCUACAUCGAGUCCUGCUCUUCAACCGCUUGAUGACACACAACAAAAAUUAGGGGUUGAAAAGCGAAUGAGCACACCCAAGAAUCUUCACAUCCAACUUAAGAAAGAGCUAUCAAAAUUAAUUACGGCCCUACAAUUGCCGGAUGAUGUAAGAGCUAUGGCUGAACAGUUGUUUGAGUAUUUUUUGAAGAAUCAUCUUGUUGUUACAGAGCCAGUGGGCAUACUGCACGCAAUCAUCAUAUCCUUGUGUUGGCAUGCUGCUUCUGUUCUUAAGUAUAAGAUAAAUUGUGGAGAGUCGAUUGCCCUUGCUGGAAAAAGCUUGAACUGUGAGUGCAAUGAAGAGCUUGCAUCAUUCAUCUAUGGAAGAUUAAGGUUCCCAGAGGAAAAAAAUCCAAAUAGAGCAAUUGAAAUUAGCAUCAAUGGUCAACCAGUGUCAGUAGAGGACACCCAAAUCUCAUGGGAGGAGACCUCUACCAACUUGAGAAACAACCACAUGCUCCAAAGUAAGGAAAUGGAUCAUGGUAAUUUGACGAGUACUGGACCACAAGAGGUUUCAUCUAGUGCUGAGCAUAUGAUCCCAGAGGUGCAGGAACCUAUCCAGGACACUCAUGGAGAAUGUCAUGUGUCAAAUGAUGAGCUUCCUAACAUGAUUGUGGAGAAAAGAACAGAGUUAGUUGACAACAAUCAUGACAAUUUCACAAAUGGUGCACCACAAGUGGUCUCAUCUGGUGCUGAUCACAUGAUCUCAGAGGAGCAGGAACCUGUUCAAGAAACUCACAGAGAAUGUCAUUUGUCAAAGGAUAACCUUCCUAACAUGAUCGUGGAGAAAAGAAUGGAGUUAAUUGACAAUGUUUUCUCCUUGAGAGAAAAGAAUAUCCUUUGUAAACAACAGCUUGAGAUCUCAGGUUUAGACACAUACACACAGAACAACGUUAUCAGACUGAAAGAAGUGUGCAUUUUAGUUCUGAAGCAUAUUCGUAGAAGUCACAUUGAUGAAGUGACCAGGAGUGACAAAAUACAGCUAACUGUUCAGUGGUUCACUAUGCUUAUGUGUGCAUUUUUGGACCACAUGAGGCUCCAGCAUAACAAACUCGAGGCAGUGCAGUCUGAUAGGUGGCUCGUAGAGCGACAUCUGAAGAAGAAUCUCCAGCAGGUAGCAAAUUCAGGCCAAUUAGAUCAAGACUUUGAUCGGCAUAUUGCUCUACCAGAUUCAAACUUUGUUAUGGAAGAAUUCAUCCAUUUUAAGGAGCAGAGUGGUGAGUAUCAUAUUGUUGAAAGUUCUGUGCCAGAUAACCAGCAGCCAUUAGAUGAUGGAUUGUUAAUGGAAAUUGCAUUAGUACGAAAUGAAGUUCUGUCAGGGGCCAUAUCUACACAGGCAAUGGAAAAUGAGCCAGUUGCAACUUCCGUGAACUCAGGUGAAGGACCAGCAUCAGAAGCUGUUGAUUUUCCAGGAAACUGCAUCCUUAGUUCUGAUGGCAUGGGUGUACAAAGAGCUGGUUGUUCAUCAAGUACUAUUCCUGCAAAUGAUGAUUCAGUUGGUCAGGAAUCUUCAAUUGGUGACUGUAGAAAUACUGGACAUGUUGAGGCAGAAAAUGUUGCUAAUCCAGGUAUGUUGCUGGAAGGAGCAGAUUCUCUUGUUAGGGGAUUUAAUGCAAACACCGAUGACACUGUUGAUACAGAUCAAGUCCACUUGGAGUCACCAGUUAGUCCAGCUACCUUACCAGUGUCUACUGAAUUUGAAACUCAGACUUGCCAAUCAAGUAUGCAUGUGGAACAAAGUCCUGAAGCGCAACAGUCAACCUCAAUGAAAGAUCAACCUGCAGAAAAACGAGCAUGUAUUGUGGGUCCUGAGGCAGCAAUGCAGGAUCAGUCAGCAGAGGCUGAGCGAGCAGGUACCUUGGGUGCCAUAUCAGCUCAGGUUUUGCCGCUUGAAAUGCAAUCAUCAUCAACCUCAAUGCGGGGCGUUCCCUUUGUGUCUGGUCUGCAGAGUCCGUCUGUCCAUCAAAGUGUAGUACCUUCAUUGGAUCCACAUGCAGGAGUAGAGUUAUCUGGCACUGUGACACCUCAUGCUAUACAACCACCAGCCUCAAUGCCUGUGGAACAGAGUACCAGUCUGCCUGCCCAACAAAGCUUAGCAACAUUGCGUCAUCCACCAGCAGAAGCAGAACCAGCAGGUAUUCUGGCCACAGAGGUAGCUUGCGAUUUGCAGCCUGAAGCCCGACUGUCAACCUCAAUGCAGGAUCAACCUGCAGAAGAAGGAGCAUGUAUCUUGGGCGCCACUGCUGCUCGAGGUUCGCAGCCUGAAGUGCAACCAUCAACCUCAUUGGAUUCACAUGGCAGAGGAGAAUCAACAGAUACGUUGGGUGUGGUGACAGCUCCUGAUAUGCAAUCAGAAAUACAACCAUCAGCCUUGAUGCAGGAUCAACCUGUGGCAGCAGAAGGAGCAUGUGUUCUAGGCACGACAGUAGCCCAGGAUUUGCAGCCUGAACUGCAAACAGCAACCACAGUUCAGCAUGACCCACUUGAAAGAACACGCUCUGAAGAAAGGAGACAAGCUGGUUUUGAACCAAACACAGCAGCCAGUCCUGAGCAUGAUCUGCAGUCUGAAAUACAGCCAUCAGCCUUAAUGCGUGAUCGACCUGCAGGAGCAGAAGGAGCAGGUAUGGUAGGCAGUACGGCAGCCCAGGAUUUGCAGCCUGAACAGCAAUUAUCAACCACAGUUCAGCAUAUCCCUACCGGUCCUGAGCAGCCUACCCAACUCCCUCCAGUCACGCCAUUGGUGUUUAAUAAUCCAAUCAUUAGUGAUGAACCGCUGAGAAAUGAGUUGGAAAAAAUAAUUCAUUGGAGCACUUUGCUUGAUAAAGGCCAUGACGAUAAGAGAUCACAACUUCAGGCAGAGCGCAACCAAGAAUUAGAGAAGAUAAACAGGAAGUAUGACUCGUUAAUUCAACAAGAAGAUUCCGCUCAUCGUCUGAAGCGGACUCAGUUGAAUGGUAUCUACCAGAAAGUUUACGUGAGCAAAUCACUAGCUGAGAAUUUCCGACGCCAGUUCACACCAUCAGUUGCAUCUCAUGGGAGAUUGAUGAACCCUGUAAUGGAGCAGCUACCCGAGUCUUCUUCAGCGGCUCGGAUCGCAGCAUCGCCGUCGGUUAUCCCAUCACCAUCCCCCGGAGUGGCAGCGCACAGUUCAGCAGAACCCUCCGUCCGCCCUCCGCCGGUGGCUCUACCAUCCUCAUCACGGACCGUCCAGUCACAGUCAGCCAUGCCUGGCAAUCUCUCUGGAGCAAUAUCAUCGUCAGCCAUGCCUGGCAAUCUCUCUGGAGCAA